GAAAUGGGCCGAGGAGUCAGUAGUGGUGGCGGUCAGAGUUCGUUGGGUUAUCUCUUUGGCACCGGAGAGUCUGGCAACAAUAUUCAAAGUGCAAACAAUCGAGUUCAACCUGUAAAUGGCGGGCGUACUCAAAAUGCCAGCGUUGCUUCUCCAGCUCAACCUGUAAAUGGUGGGGGUACUCAAAAUGCUAGCAUUGCUUCACCGGCUAGUGUUGCUUCACUAGCCGGUGUUGGUGUUGCUUCACCGUCUAGUGUUGCUUCACUAUCCAGUGUUGGUGUUGCUUCACUAUCCGGUGUUGGUCGCGAUGGAAUUCCUGGUUGUCUCAAAAACAAUUACCAUCGCGCUGACGGGCAAAACUGUGGCAACUUCCUCACUGAUCGACCAUCGACCAAAGUUCAUGCUGCCCCUGGUGGUGGAUCUUCCUUAGAUUAUCUCUUUGGUGGUCCUCCUAGUAGUAACUAAUUCACUAUUGUGACUUUGAAGAGUGUUUUUUUUUUCAUUCAAAACUACCAUGUGUAAAGUAGAUGAUGUUAUUGCUUGUUAUUUAGACCAGUGGACUUGUUUCUUGUGCAAGUGAAACUAUUGACAAUGUUGAAGUGCCUUAAUGUAAGGAACUGAGCUGAUUCAUAGACCUCUUGUGCUGUUCAAUUAUGUGUUUGAGUUUAUGAAUUUAUAUUUGUAUGUAAUGUAAUGUAUGAGCUUUAGUGGCUCAGAAUUAUUCUUUUAUCUUUAUUUGUGUUAUAAUA